UUUAUCAUUUCCACAUUCAACUUGUCUAUCUAAUGAAUAUAUAGAACCAUUUGUACAUUUCUGUGUUUUAUUUCGGUGCCGUGGUUUGUAAAACACGCUGCUACAAAACUUUCGCCACGAAAUUCGGCCAAAAUGUGGAUCCAGGUCCGGACGAUGGACGGCAAGCGGCAGGUCCAGAUAGACGGCCUGUCGAAGCUGACGAAGAUCGAGGAACUGAGGGGGAGGGUGGAGGAGCUUUUCGACGACUCGCCGCCCGACCGACAACGCCUCUUCUACCGAGGCAAACAGCUGGAGGAUGGCCACACCCUGUUUGACUACAGUGUGGGUCUCAAUGAGAUCAUCCAGCUGCUGGUUAGGCCAGCCGCCACCAACCAAUCAGGAGGCAGCUCGGUUGCCACGGAAACCGCCUCCGACAAGGAGGAGCCGAUGGAAGAGCUGGAGCCAUCGACACCAUCCGACACACCGAUGACCAACGGUGAUGUGGACUCAGACACAGGCCUGUCCGACCCCUCAACAAGCGGGCAGGUGGAACAGAUCAAAGGACUCUACGCGGUAGGAGACUUAGUGGAUGCCAGAGACUUACGGAUUGGAGCCUGGUUCGAGGCCACGAUCCUGAAAAUUACGCAGGCAUCCGAGACAGACGACGUCUCCUCCGACAACAAAGACAAUUCUCAGGGAACAGUGGAGUCCAAAGACCUUGCUGCCGCUGCUACGACAACAGACAUUUCCGUACAGGGCAGCUCGAACUCUCGGCUAAACGGUACCUCAGAAUCGAGACUUUCGGAGGACGGCGAAGAAUCCUCUACCUCUGGGGGUACCUCACCCGCCCCGGCCGCGCAAUCAGGGAAAGGCGCCGAUAAAACUACCUCACAAGAAACCGAGGAAACGAACGGGUCCGCGGACGUUCAAGCUACCUCUCCGGGGAAGGACGCUAGCGAAGACAUGGAGGUGGACGGCCUUCCCAAUGGAGCCUCUGCGGAACACGUGUUAGAGAACGGACAUGGGAGUAGUACUGGAGCAGAGGAGGGGCUGGUGUACCACGUCAAGUUUGAAGACUACGAGGACGAAAUCGCGCAGCUACGGAGCGUGGACAUCAGACCGCGAGCACGGACAGUCGUCCCGUUCGAUGACGUGCAGGAGGGCAUGCUGGUUAUGGCGAACUAUAACCCCGACGAACCCAAGGAGCGGGGGUACUGGUACGACAUCGAGGUCACAGCAAAGAAGUCCAAGAGAACCAACAAAGAACUGUUUGGCAGAAUCUUGUUGGGCUCUAGAGGUGACUCCAUUGAGGACUGUCGAGUCAUCUUCACCGAGGAGAUCUUUAAGAUCGAGAAGGCGGGCGAGUGUCCCAACGUCAACAUCAACCAGGUCAACGGAGACGACAUGGAUGACCUCAGACGUAAGAAGACCCCAGAGUGCAUGCAGUGCUUAGACGACCCCAACAAAAAGUGUAAGCACUGUAACUGCCACGUGUGUGGGGGCAAGGAGGACCCAGACAAGCAGCUGCUGUGUGACGAGUGUGACUCCGCUUUCCACAUGUACUGCCUCACUCCGCCCAUGGAGGUACUGCCUGAUGACGACGAAUGGUACUGCCCGCUGUGCCGUAACGACACGUCUGAGAUCGUGAGGGUGGGGGAGAAACUCAAGGAGAGUAAGAAGAAAUCCAAGAUGGCGUCUGCUAAAGGCACCAGCACCAGGGACUGGGGAAAGGGCAUGGCGUGUGUGGGCAGGACGAAGGUGUGUAACCUGGUCCCCCCGAACCACUUCGGACCCAUCCCAGGGGUACCCGUGGGAACCAUGUGGAAAUUCCGCGUGCAGGCCAGCGAGGCCGGUGUGCACCGCCCGCACGUGUCGGGGAUCCACGGGAGGGAGACGGAGGGCGCGUACUCCAUCGUGCUGUCUGGGGGGUACGAGGACGACAAGGAUGAUGGGGAGGAGUUCCUGUACACAGGCAGCGGAGGUCGCGACCUCUCAGGGAACAAGCGCACAGCUGAGCAGUCAUGUGACCAGAAACUCACCAAGAUGAACCUUGCCCUAGCUCGUAACUGUGCGGCCGCGCUGGACACUAAGAAGGGAGCGGACAGCAAGGAGCGCUGGCAGGAGGGCAAGCCUGUCAGGGUGCUGCGGAACUGCAAGGGCAGGAAACACUCCACGUACGCUCCUGAGGAAGGAAACAGAUACGACGGCAUCUAUAAGAUAGUGAAGUACUGGCCAGCGAAGGGGAAGUCAGGUUUCCUGGUUUGGCGUUACAAGCUCCGGCGUGACGACCCUGAAGCUGCGCCGUGGACCAAGGAGGGGCAGAAGACGGUCAAGAAACUCGGACUCACCAUGCAGUACCCUGAUGGCUACCUGGAGGCCCAGGCUGCUAAGGAGAAGGAGAAGGAAGGAGGAACACCUGCCAAGGGGAAGGGCAAGAGGAAACGGGGAUCAGAUGACGAGGGCACCCCCCAGAAGAAGAAGGGCGGGGCUCUGCGGGAAGUCUCAGCUGAGGUUCAGAAGAUGCUGAAGGAGGAUGAGAAGAAUAAGAAGCUGUGGGACGAGGCCCUUAAGGCAGCGAAGGGCGGGGACUCCUUCCUGCCCAAGGUCGAGGAGACCUUUUUGUGCAUCUGCUGUCAGGAGCUGGUGUUCCAGCCGGUCUCUACGGAGUGUGGGCACAACGUUUGUAAGGCAUGUCUGCAGAGGUCGUUCCGUGCGGAGGUGUACUGCUGCCCGGCCUGCCGACAUGACCUUGGGAAAGGGUACAGCAUGGCCACCAACAAGCCGCUACAGGCCAUCCUGAACCUGCUGUUCCCCGGGUACAGCGCAGGCAGAUAAACAAACAAACAACAACAGCACAACAAAUAAACACAGCAGCUCAUGCCAGGGUGUUAUAGACUGCAGAGUAGGGUAUUAUUGAACCACAGCUGGGAGUUAUUCAAAGACAAUUCAAUCUCUACCACAGGAUGAGAUUUGUAAAUUACCUCUGGACGUUUUGGGUAACUUCUGUCACUCUUCUUCAACAUUACUAGAUUAGAAUGAGCUGGGAGAACAAAUCAGUACAGGUGCAUUUAACUGGAAAAAGCAGUUGAACAGUUGCUGUUAACCCAGACAUGUAUGUCUGUCGUCCAGAAGUGAUCUCCAAAUCCCACACAGUUUUAGAGAUUGAAUUGUCUUUAGAUAUUGUUUACCUGGAUGUCUAAUCUUCAUGAAUGUAUAAUUGGGAGUUAGAUUCCACAUACCCAGGGUAUUAGUGAGUAUUCUACAGGGAGUUAUUGAAUAAUACCCUGUUCAUUUCUGAAGGAUCAGUUGAAUGUUAUAGACUGCAAAGUAGAGCAUUAUUGAACCAUAGCUGGGAGUUUCAUUCCACAUACCCAGGGUAUUACGUAUAGAGAACUUUGGUCAUAUGUUAGAAACAUUACAGGCUGAAAUUGUUGUUGUUAUCUGUUCAUUAUUUCAUUGCCUGAUUUCAGAUUGUAAUAAUGUCAAAAUGUUUUGGCACACCCUUGCUUUACAUGUACAUGUAGUAGGCAAAAAGUAAGAUAAUUAGUUAACUUUCACCCGGCUAAAGGUGCAUCUAUAAUGCAAAUCAGUAUUUUUACAGACUUCAGCAGGAUUAGGGUUAAAUUGUUGUAACAUUCCUUUUUUUCAUCAUCCUCCCGGUAUUGUUAAUAUUGUAGCUGAAAUUCCAUUAGAUGACAUUCCAUACGACGUAUAUUCCAGCCUGGGUGUUAGAUUAACCCGCACACUACUGAGGUAGCCUUUUUGGCACCAAGUCAGUUGAUUACAGGGUUAGAAAGCAUAGAGAGGGUUAAAGAAAUAUUGUAUAAUGACAACAAGUUGUAAAAUUACUACCAUUCCAAAUACUGCCAUUGAAUGUUGUGGGUUCUUGUACACAGUAGCAAAUCUUGUUGGAACAGAGAGAGAUGUAAACAUUGCAUACAAGGUUUUAGCUUUGGAGAUUCGUAAAAUAAAAGUUAGUUUCCAACAACUAAGAACACAAUCAGCAGAAUAUAUACAGAGAUAUGCAGAAAUUAAUCAAGCUCACCGCACAUACAGUAAGACUAAGCUAUAAUACCAAACUACUGCAGGGUAAAACGCUUUUUUUGUACAAGUAGAACAAAAUACCAAAUGGGAAGUUCUCCGUGGUAUUCUGAAAGUUCAUCUGUGUCGGUAGACAUUCUGAAAUUCUCAGAUGUCUGAGCUUCCAACUCCCAAUAUUAAGAGUGUAUGACCAAAUUUUUAAACAUACAGCACCAGUUUCUUCAUGUAUCAUUCCCCGAAGAAGACGUCAAACAUUUGGGUAAGUCCAAUGGUUCAGAUUAGAUGUUGACCUGUAGAUUUUCAACUGUCCAUCUCCAGUCUUUGUCAAGAAAUGAACAAUCUACUGUUUUUGUGAUGUCACAGUACACAAAUAGAACACGAGACUCGAUAAGCAGUGGAUCAUAAGUAGAAGAAAGCCUGCAACACCCUGUUUCUGUUAAGGGAUGGUUGUUAAGCCCUGAUGUAAAUUGCAAAACUGUUAUUCCCCUUACAAAAAAGUCGUACUUUGCCUAAUGUUACCGAUUGUUCAAAUGACUAUACAAAAUGUAUGUAUGUAUAUGAAACGUCAGAGGUUGUCUAACUAGGGUGGUGCCAACACAGAUGAACUUUCAAGUUAAAAUAAAUGUCAUCUUGACUUAGAAAGGAUGUUAUAAAGUAGUCUGUUUGCAGCAGGAACUGUUAGAAUGGUAAUGUCAGCUUUUUUAUCAUACAGUUGAAAUGUACUUAAGCUUCACAUUGACUUGUAAAAUUGACCUGUACAUCACUAGUUAGUCUGGCAAACUAUCGAGGCUGUGUUUGAAAAUAAUUGUACUGCGAUUUGUAGAAAUGCAUUGACCAAAGAACUAGCAGCAAGUAGAGCAGAUGAAAUGUAAUUCUUGAUGCAGAACUUAUGAAGAAAGGCUGUUAAAGAAAAGUUGAAGAAAGGUAUUAUUGUUGUAGAGGUUGUUGAGCUACGGAGAUAUUUUUACAAACUGACUGUGCCUUGAAGAGUUGUUGUACACUGUUGUGACAUGGGGAGAGAUUUAACAGAAUGAUUUUUGGAUGUUGAGCAUUCCGUAGUGCAGACUUAACAAUGGGAAAGUAAUUUUGUACGUCUAUUUUUUAGGAGCAGGGUUUGCAUCCAUGUAUUACUAACUGGGCAAGUUGAAAACUGAGGCACGGGAUGGUAGACAAGUAUGGUACUUGGACAUAUUAACCCAGAGUCAGAACAAUUGUUACAUGCAUUUUUGUGGCAUCAGCAGUUGAAGUAGAAAAAUUUUAAGUACUGAAUGUCAGCAACUGAUGCAGUGUUCGCAAACUUUAGCUCUUGAUUCUCGCGCAGCAGAAUUGUUAGGGCAGCGCUGUCGCCCUUAGGGCGGAACUUUUUACCUCGUAAGAAUCUUACCGUACGUACGUGUGAUUUAUUCUCGUUCCUCGCUAAAGCCAGGGCCGGACCUCAGGAGAUAACUAUAUUUUGUUCGGCCCUGGCUUGCCGGCUGUUUUUGUACCAUGUUAUAUGAUGAUAAUAAUGCUAAUGUGUUAGACAUGGGGAUGUGUAUGGGUUGUAUGCUGGUCAUUUCCUCAUGGCGGUUUUCGCAAUGCCACGCUGUGUGCGAGAGAGAAACUAUGGCUGCCUUGCAAUAUAGGAGAUUGUAUUUUUCAAAGGAAUUGUUAUGUGUUAGAGUUGGCCAAUAAAGAUUGUUUAGGUAAA